AUGACCCAAGUUCCCCGCGUCCCACCAGAGCUUAUAUCUCAAAUUGUUAAAUCAGCCAAAGCGACUUUUGAUCCCAAAGAGUUGGCACGGUUCCUCAGUAACGGUGCCUUGGUGUCGCGAGUUUGGUACGACGAAACUCGCCCUUUGGCUUUCAGUGUCGUAGUGUUCGAUUUUGGACGACCCGACUGGAACACGCCGCUGGGAUUGGACGAAACCGCAAAGAUCAGAGGCCUCCUUCACCUCAUACAAAUCAACCCCAAACUCGCCCUAUACGUUCAGCACCUCGAGCUAUCCUCCCCCCUCAGGGCAACCAGCGCAUUGGACCAGCUCAAGGCGUGUGGACCCGCCUUAUUAGAUCUGUGCCUUAAAUUGAAGGACGUUACCGUAUUCAAAAUAAAGUGGAGCGGCGAUGGUGGAGACACGCGUCUGGGACGACAAUCUUGGUGGUUUCAAGUAGGCGAAGAAAUUCAGUCAGCCGUUCAGCAUGUGUGCUCCCUUCGCUCCCUCCACUCGCUCUCAACCGAGAAUAUCUCGGUUCCCCUCUCAGCCUGGAUCUACCACCCAUCACUCAAGGUUGUUUCUACCACAUGCCAUUACAUACUCGAAGGCAAACGAAGCUUACCGAUUCAAGAUGGCCAUCCAGAGAAGUACGCUUCCCUGACGUGCCUGGAUUUGUCUGAUAUUGAAGAGUAUUCUGGGAAUGACGGUGUACUGACCAUACUCACGAGGGAUCACAUUGGGCUGUUCAGGUCGCUUGUCGACCUCACGCUCUCCAUUUCCAUGAACAACAACCAUGGGAUUAGGAGAGUUCUCGAAGUGUGCCGGGAAACCCUCACCUCGUUAACCUAUCGCCCAAUUCCAAUCCUCCAGCCUGGUCCUACUCGACUCAACAUUGAGUACCACGCCAUCGACUUCAGUGCAAUGGCUGCCUUGCGUCGCGUCGUUCUCGCCUUCCAACCACCAUACGAAACCACGGUGGAAAGCUGCUUCCCUGUACUAAUGGCGACGCUUACAUCACUUCCAUGGCGCCAACUCGAAGUGUUCGAGCUCACACUCUCGCCGUUCGGGUUUCGAUCUGACUUAUUACCCAAUCUUCAAACGCCAACGUUCGACCCUAGGAUUUAUACCCGCCCGAUCGACGCGCUGGCAGUGAAGUCACCUACUCUGAAGAAGUUUCGGUUGGAUGUGUAUUUGGAUGACGAGUACCAAGGGUCGUACCGACAGUUGGUGAUAGAGGAACUUGUUCCACAGGUCUACAGGGAGGCCAAACGGAGGGGAAUAGUUCAUCACGCCUAUUAUGGACCUGUACCUUGA